CCGUCUGAUGUGAUGUUCACCCCGCAACAGCUCGGCAGUGCGGUGGCACGCCGGUUCUUCAGCCUGACAUAUCGGUGUGCUCCACCAAUAGAAAGGCAAACUUUGCCAGACUGUACAGCUGCCUUUUGGGUGGCUCCACGGUGCGUGGCUGGUUUCAAACUUGAGUGGUUAUCACUUGUCAGUUGAAGAGAGACCGAGCGUCGUGAUUUACCGUAAAUUUUGUGACGCCUGAUUACCAUGGAAACAGUGCUCUUGCGCUAAGAGGAAACUAUCCGUGUUAACUUCAGCAUCAACCUUUCCAACAGAGUCGGAAAAACCUGUUGGAUACCCCAAUAUAUAUUUAUAUUUUUUUCUGCUGUUUUGUCUCUAUCCUGGCUUUACUUUUCACCAGGUGAGGGCUAUGGAGCUUCAAACUGAGAAGAGGUUCUACAACUUGACCCUUGAACAAGUCCAGGCUCUCGACAAAAUCUUGACCGAAGUUAUCCCAAUCCACGGACGAGGAAAUUUUCCUACUCUGCAGGUGAGGGCAAAAGACAUUAUUCGUGUGGUGAAGGAUCGGCUGGUAGAAAGAGACAUCCAGGUCAAAGAUAUACGCCUCAAUGGAGCCACUGCCAGUCAUAUUCUGGUGAGGGAUAACGGCCUAGGCUACAGAGAUUUAGACAUCAUUUUUGGAGUAGAGUUGCCCAGGCAAGAGGACUUUCAGGUGAUUAAGGAGGUGGUGCUGGGCAGCCUACGAGACCUCCUUCCAUGUGGGGUUAACAGACGGAAGAUCACUUGUCUUACAAUGAAGGAAGCUUAUGUGCAAAAGAUGGUGAAAGUGUUUAAUGAGCAUGACAGAUGGAGCCUCAUCUUGCUUUCUAACAACAGAGCUAAAACAGUGGGGCUCAGAUUUGUAAGUUCCCUUCGAAGACAGUUUGAGUUCAGCGUGGACUCUUUCCAGAUAAUACUAGAUCGUAUGCUGGAGUCUUACUGGGAGACUGAAAAGAAAAAAGGAGUGUUAGCAUUGAAAGCUGGGAAUUUCUCUAAAAGAGACAACAAGGAGGAUAACAACGGGCAAGAACAACCAAACAAACCUCAAGAUGUUGAAGAAGAUACUGAGAAAGAUUCAGCUAUGGCAACCGGAGCAGAAGUUCCAUCUCAGGAUGAAACUGUUUCUGUGCUCGAGAAAGAGCUUCCGCGUGAAGAAGUUGAACACGAAGAUGGAAAGCAUAAAGCGCUGCAGGUGUUAGAACCUGGAGAAAUGACCUUACAGCAGGAGGAAGAGCGUGGCUCUGAAGAUGUUCACCCAGAGGAUGACAUCUCAGAGGUGUUUAAGCUGAGUGAAGAAAGUGGAGAAGAAAAAGAACAAUUUCACAGUGAUUUUGCUUCACUAGCACCUCCAAAACCUUUAUUUCCAGGCGCAGGAGAUCCAUGCACAACACAGUUAUGUUUAAACCAAGAAAGUAAUGAAGAACUAUCUGAGUCUCAGGUUUCCCAGCCUAUCUCUGUAACAAAUACUGAACAGUCGGCUUCAAAAGUAAUACCUCGUUGCGAGGAGAGUAUAGGGUUAGAAGUAGACACAAUAACAUACAGGACUGACAAGACCCCGACCCUGCAAGAUUCACAUCUUGAAUUCUCCUUUCCUCCUCCAGCUAAAAAAACUUGCAGCACUUCACAAGACAUUGUACCGGACUAUUGUCCUUCACCAAAAUUACAGAGAAAAAUGUCUCGGAAGUUGAUCAGCAAGCCUGAAAAAUGGUCUCUGCUGACUGAUUUAUCAGAUCUUACAACACAGCUAUUUCCACCCAUAGAAAUACCAAAGCCUCUUCAGCGGAAACCUUCCCUGCUGGAUGGCAGUCAAAUUCAUGGUUCAGAUGUGCCGUGUUCCAAGUCAGAGAACUUUGAGGGAGUAGAUGCCUCUACAGUUCCCACAUACAUUCCAGUCAGUACACCUCAGGAAGCAGCAGGUUCUUGUGAAACUGUAGAACAAACUGUUAAACCAAAACACUCAAAGAAGCCUCCUGAUUCAGAGGCUCAAAGCCUCACAUGUGGAACAAACACAGCUUCACAAACUCAGGUAGAUGAUCACAGACCUGAGAUGCCAAACACUGUCUCAAGCUCAUGGAUCGGGGCUGCAAGGGAGCCCAUCAUUACUGUUGAGGCUGAGUGCAUGUAUGGAGAUUUUGAGCAGGCGAUAGACCACCUUCGCCACCGCCUCAUUGCCACCCACAACCCAGAGGAGAUCAGAGGAGGUGGCCUGCUAAAAUACAGCGACCUGCUGGUGAGGAACUUCAGGCCAGCCUGUGAGACAGAGAUCAAGUCCUUGGAGCGGUACAUGUGCUCCCGUUUCUUCAUAGACUUUCCUGAUGUAAGUGAGCAGCAACGGAAGAUUGAGGCUUACUUGCAGUGCCAUUUCCUUGGUAACGAGGAGACAAGCAAGUACGACUAUUUGAUGACCCUUCGGCGUGUGAUAGAUGAAAGCACGGUGUGUUUGAUGGGACAUGAGAGGAGACAGACGCUCAAUAUGAUCACAGUCCUGGCUUUGAGGGUGCUGGGCGAGCAGAAUGCCAUCCCAAACACGGCCAAUGUUACCUGCUUCUAUCAGCCAGCUCCGUACAUGACUGAGCCAAUUUACAACAGCUUCUACAUCACUCAGGCUCAGCCCCAGCUCGUCUACCACCCCUACCCUCUGCAUGUCCACAUGCAGACUGGCCUGGUGUAGCUACAGUGACAUGCCUACAUGGAGGCAUGCAGGCUGCUCUUUCGCAUAGUGCUCUGAAAGCAGAGGCACAA